CUCUUCCUGCGCCGCUCCAUAUAUAUAUAUUUUUCGCUGCCGACCGCCAGCGAGAAACCCAGCAGAAUAAAGUAUGGGGCCAGCCACCGCACGGCUCGGCGUCCUCAUCGCCGUGGCGCUAUUGUUCGCCGGCUUCGCUCCGUCGGCGACCGCGAGAGGGAGAGGGAAGGGCGGCCACGGCCACGGCCACGGCCAUGGCGGCCCCGCCCACGGUGGCCCCGUGAACCCACUGGUAGCCGGCAUCUGCUUGCAUACCCCCUUCCCGGAAGUGUGCAAGCUUACGGCUGGGAGGCACGCGGCCAAGUACCAUGUCAUCGACAACCAGGCCGUGCUUAACAUGCAGGUCGACGCCUUCGCCAAGCGAACGGCCGCAGCCCGGAAGUUCGUCGCCAGGGCGUCCCGCAAGGGUUCGCCGGCGCAAACUCAGGCGCUGACCUUCUGCGACACCAUGUACAUGAACACCCAGGACACCAUCGGCGCGGCGCAGCGAGCCAUCACCUUCAAGGACAAGGGCACGGCCAAGAUCAUGCUGCAGCUCGCCGUGCAGGACUUCCAGUCGUGCGACCAUCCGUUCCAGCAGGCCAGCAUUCCAAACCCAAUGCUCAAGAUCGACGGGGAGCUCAACCAGAUGGCCAAUAACUGCAUGCAACUGGCCAGCAUGAUGUGAGAGUCCGGCCUUGGGCGUUAUGCAUGCAUGAGAUGGUCAUCGCUGGCAGAUUCUAAUGCAAGGAGAGUUUUCCAUUCUGUUAUGACAGAAGAUCGUUUACUAUAAUAUUUCAUUCAUUCCUGACAAAUUAUUGUAAUUAUGUUUACCCGACCUGCAUUUGUUGAGUAGGUCUUGAAAUGAGGAGGAGGGCUUUUUUUCA